UUUCAGGCUGCCUUGGGUAAUCAAGGGGCCCGAACCGCAACCGCUCAUUCGACCUCUCCUAAUCCGCAGGGACACAAAGGACACGUCUCAUUGUUUUCCUGGACCCCGAGUGGCCUCUGCUGAGCCUCCUGGGAGUUGUAGUCUCGCUAAGUGACCCGCUGGGUAACUACGGAAGGUCGCGCUAGAAGUCAAGGAAACGACCUCAGCACCGUGCUCUGGAGAUUCUGGGAGCUGUAGUUAAUAGGCCCCGUGGUCCUGCCGCGCAGCGCCUGACGCCAGAGCGGGAAGAAACUACAACUUCUAGCAUGCCCUGCGCCGCCUUUCUCGCCGCAGGUGCCCUCUAGCCGUCCCUCCGCGACUGUCGCCUUCCGCCCCUAUGCUAUGCCGCACACCCAGUCUAGAAAGGCUUGUCUAGCAGCUGAAGAGCCUGGCGCGGUCCUGAUUGGGAGGGCUCGGUGUGGAAGAGUGAAAUGGAGAAAAAUCUGCCAGGCCUGCCUAACAGGGUUGUUCUGAGGAUGACAAAAUGAAUCGGACAAAGGUUGAUGAGGAGGAAUAUUGGAACAGCUCCAAGUUCAAGGCUUUCACCUUUGAUGAUGAAGAUGAUGAGCUCUCUCAGUUAAAGGAAUCCAAGCGGGCAGUGAAUAGCCUUCGAGACUUCGUGGAUGAUGACGACGAUGAUGACCUGGAGAGAGUCAGCUGGACUGGGGAACCUGUGGGAAGUAUCUCAUGGUCCAUCAAAGAGACUGCUGGUAACAGUGGGUUAAACCACGAGGGGCGUGAGCAGCUAAAGAGCCGAAACAGCUUCUCCUCCUAUGCGCAGCUACCCAAACCUACUUCUACUUAUUCCCUGAGCAACUUUUUUAGAGGGAGAACUAGACUUGGAAGUUUCCAGUCCCUUUCUGAUGCUCUUUCGGACACACCUGCCAAAAGCUAUGCUCCAGAGCUGGGGAGACCCAAGGGGGAGUUUAGGGACUACAGCAAUGACUGGAGCCCCAGCGACACGGUGCGACGCCUUCGGAAGGGCAAGGUCUGCUCACUAGAAAGAUUCCGCUCCUUACAGGACAAGCUACAACUCUUAGAGGAAGCAGUUAGCAUGCAUGAUGGAAACGUCAUUACUGCUGUUCUGAUAUUCCUGAAGAGGACACUGAGCAAAGAGGUCCUCUUCCGAGAGCUAGAGGUGCGACAGGUUGCCCUGAGACAUCUCAUUCACUUCCUUAAGGAAAUAGGGGAUCAAAAGCUGCUUUUAGAUCUCUUCAGGUUCCUAGAUAGGACAGAAGAGCUUGCGCUGUCCCAUUAUCGAGAGCACUUGAGCAUUCAGGACCCUGAGAAACGGAAAGAAUUUCUUAAGACCUGCAUUGGUUUGCCAUUUUCAGUGGAAGAUUCUGCACACAUACAAGACCAUUACACACUCCUGGAACGUCAGAUCAUUAUUGAGGCAAAUGACCGCCAUCUAGAAGCAGCAGGACAGACUGAGAUCUUCCGGAAGCACCCCCGCAAAGCUUCCAUCCUCAACAUGCCACUAGUGACGACACUCUUCUAUUCCUGCUUCUACCACUACACGGAGCCCGAGGGGACAUUCAGCAGUCCAGUCAACCUGAAGAAGACAUUUAAGAUCCCAGAUAAACAGUAUGUGCUGACUGCCUUGGCCGCCCGCGCCAAGCUCCGUGCCUGGCAUGAUGUAGAUGCUCUCUUUACCACAAAGAACUGGCUGGGCUACACCAAGAAGAGAGCACCUAUUGGCUUCCAUCGGGUUGUGGAAAUUCUGCACAAGAACAGUGCCCCCGUCCAGAUAUUACAGGAAUAUGUCAAUCUAGUGGAAGAUAUGGACACAAAGUUGAACUUAGCUACCAAGUUCAAGUGCCACGAUGUCGUCAUUGAUACUUGCCGGGACCUGAAGGACCGUCAGCAGUUGCUAGCGUACAGGAGUAAGGUGGACAAAGGAUCUGCAGAGGAGGAGAAGAUCGAUGCCAUUCUCAGCAGCACGCAAAUUCGGUGGAAGAAUUAAGUGGCAUCAGCUACCCUGAGACCUGCCUCGUUUCUUCCUUUCCUGCCUUUGAAAAGAGUGUACUCUCUUUUUGUUUUGUUUUGUUAAUCCUCACCCGAGGAUAUUUGCCAUUGAUUUUUAGAGAGAGUGGAAGG